UUUAGUAAGCCACCAUCAUGGACUAUGGUCACCACAUAGCUCAACAGCGCCCCCUUGCUGCCCCGGAUGAUCCCGGUACUGCAGGGAGAGUAGUGCGUGGGGUCUCUGUGUGUUUAAGCCGAACUCGUCGCUGUUGUGGCUUAUCGACAAUCAGAGAUAUGCUCCCGUGAUCGCCGAAAGAACAGGAUCAACAAUGUGUGUUAUCCAGUGAUGAUCCGUCGACCAUUUUACAGAGUUCAUCCCGACAGCAGCCCCUAAACACAACACCGACAUCUUGGCAGUUUCGGCUCCAAACUCUCCCUGAAAUCAACCGAUUCCCUGAAGGAUCGGGUUUGUUCGGGUCUUCUUCGAGACCACAUCAUCGGGGAUGGCAGAGCAUCUGUCCCAGAGUGAGCUGGACUACCCAUUCAAACUUCUAGAGUAUUUCAACGGGUUCAGGAUCUCAAAGGUGAUAUUUUCAGCCUGUGAGCUGGGUGUGUUUGACCUCCUGCUGAAGUCCCAGGAGCCGCUGAGCGCCCAGCAUGUCGCCCGGGAGCUGAACACCAGCAUGGACGGGAUGGAGAGGCUGCUGGACGCUCUGGUGGGCAUCGAGAUCCUGGAGGUGGAGAUCACAGACGGAAAAGCUUUGUACAGCAGCAGUGACGUGGCGAAUCUCUACCUGGCCAAAGGCAGCGCCAAGUCUCUGCAUGACAUGAUCAUCUACCAAUCACAGACCAUCUACCCUCUGUGGAACAACAUGGUGGACGCCAUCAGUGAGGGGAAGAAUCAGAACGAAAAGACCUUUGGGCUUCCACCAGAGGAGGUUUUCCAAGCUAUAUACAGAUCAGAGGAGGAGAUGCUGAAGUUCAUGGGUCUGAUGAACUCCUCCUGGGUUCUGGACGGUCACGACAUCGUGACGGCGUUCAACCUCUCGUGUUUUCAGAACAUCGUAGAUCUUGGAGGAUGCACUGGUGCUCUGGCCCGAGAGAUGGCGAAGGCGUACCCAUCCUCCUCUGUGACAGUGUUAGACCUCCCGCAGGUCGUGGAGACAGCUCAGAAACAUUUCUCCCAGGAGGACGACACUGUUGUGUUUCAAACAGGAGACUUCUUCAGCGGUGAAAUCCCUCCUGCUGACCUCUACGUGCUCGCCAGAAUCAUUCACGACUGGCCUGAAGAGAAGUGUCUCACUCUGCUCAAGAAGAUCUACAACACGUGCAAACCAGGCGGUGGAGUCCUGGUGGUGGAGGCCAUGCUGUUUGAGAACAGACGAGGACCAAUCAUGGCUCAGAUCUUCUCCCUCAACAUGCUGGUGCAGGCAGAGGGUCGGGAGCGUCCGCCGUCCGAGUACACACACAUACUCACCAAAACGGGCUUCAGCAACAUCCAGGUGUGCCGGACGGGAAAGUCCUAUGACGCCAUCCUGGCCACCAGAUGAGCUCAGACCGAGACCAGGACAGUCGGGCAGCGGCAGCCCUCAAGUCUAGGAAAAGCAAAGGAAGUCAAACUCAAAACUUUUCAAGGCCUUGAAAAGAGUUGAAAGUUGGUGUAAACAGUGUUGCCAGUCCAGUUCACACAGAAGUCAUUCAUAUUUUUGUCAGACCCCAUCAUAUUUUCAGAUAUUGUAAUAACAAUUCAACUUGUUUUUCAAAGAUCAACUCAAUACAAACCUUCUGGGUUGAAGAUGCUGCUCAAUAACAUUUUUGAAUAAUCCUUGUGGUUAUAAAAGUACUGCAAACACAUUUUUUCAUAUCUGUAAAGAAAAUGCUGCUUCAGAAAGAGACAAAUUAUUCUUCUGAAUAUAGUUUAAAGGAAUAGUUUGACAUUUGGGAAACUAGGUUUCUGUGCUUUCCUUCAGACAGUGAGAUAAAAAGAUUGUAAUCACUAUCCUGUCUGUAGGCUAUCGGUGCGCUCCUUUUACCUCAGAUGUCUGAUGUGUUAGAAAGUUAAGUCAUUAGCUCCUGUUGUUGUUAGCCUUGUCAGCUAGUACCAACACACAACAUUAUAGUUUGUGCACAAAAGUAACAAAACAUGUCUAUAGAAGGAACUCGCACAAUACAAUUGGUAUGACUGAUUUAUUACACAUCACAAGACUAAGUUGCCAACAAACUGUUGUAAGUGCAGCUUGUUUACUGUUGAUGCAGGGGGGCGGCCAUCUUUGAUUUCGAGCUUGGAGAUAAUGAAGUUUCUCUCUGUUGGAAUUCUGACUUCAGGGGGCAUUCUGGCAGACUUUUCCAACUGACAUCUCUGUAUUUCUGACUUCUGAGAUCAAAUAGAACGCACCAUGAAUUCCAAGCUACAGCCAACAGUCAGUUAGCUUAGCUUAGCAUAAGAACUAAAAUUUGGAACAGUUAGUCAACUGACCCAGGAGCUAGUGGAGUCCAACCCAAACAUUAAUAAUGUGAACUAACCUUUUAAAUAGGUUUUUUUAAGUGUUUCAUAUGAACAAAAACUAAAGGGAAAAAACAACUAGUUGCAAUUUUAUGGAGAGUUCUAUUCCUUUAUUCCCAGUCUUUAUGCUAAGCUAUGCUAAUCUGCUGUUAGUUCUAGCUACAUAUGUCAUAAACAGACAUUAAAGCUCACAGUGCUCUUAUUCAUGCAAAAAAGUAAGAAGUGUAAGUUACUGAAACAAGGACGUAUUCAUUAAAAAGUUUGCAUUAAAGAAUCCCACAGAACAAUCUAUAAUUUUGUUUAUAGAAUAAACAAAUGCACUGGCUUUUUCAAAAUUGUUUUAUACAAGACUACGUUUUAGACUUAACUACUCGUAAAGCAGUUUCUAAACAAAAUAUUUUUGUUUUUUUAUGUUUUUACCUCCUUUUUUCUAAAGCGAUGCUAAAAACAUCAAAUUCUGCUUCAUACAUGCUGUGAGGAUUUUUUUUAGUGGUUAUAAAAUAGACUGAAAUCAAUAUUGAUGCCUCUGUAUGACCUCCAAAAGCAAACAUGACCAUAGGCAUAAAGAUUAACUGUUUCUAUAUAUUUUUUUCAAAUGCCGGAAAUUCCUGUUGGGGGUAGAUGUCCAAUGAAGUGCUACUGACAUAUAUUUUUCUUUUAAAAGAAAGCAGGAUGAGAUAUUUGUUCAAAAUUACUACAUAUAAAUAUACAGUACAAAAUCAGGUAUAGCUUUGUCCACAUGGGGGCGCCAAAUCAAUACAAACUGGGAGUUCCUUACUGGAGCUUUAAUAUUUUACGACUAAUGGGACAUAAAACUGUGGUAAACUGUUAAUUAUACAGGGUAUGAUAUCACAUUUAGGUUUUGUAUGAAUAUUCAGACAUAAUAUUGGAAUAAUAGGACAUGAAGAAGAUCAUCUGUAGAUAAUUUCUAGCAGUAUUUUGCAAAAUGUUUCAGAAAACACUGAAUUUUGAGCUGGAUAAAAAAAAGCUGUAUGCUGUGUCUGACUGUGCUCUGAGCCUUUCUGUUCCCCGUGAUGCGUUCAGGUUCCCUCUCAGACUGCAUGUAAAUCAAACCAUGGUUAACCUCCGUCACUCCUCUGCUGGUAAUAACACAAUCCCAACUUUCUCACUUUAUAUAAGAGUUGUGUAACCUUCAGGAGAAAUCAGUGUAGUACCGUUUUUAAAACAUGUUCUCUGAAGUUUUUCUGUAAUUGAAGUUCAGUUUAUGUUCAUGAUCUCAGCUCCAAGAUCAUUAAAACACACUAGAUAACUGUAGAAACUGGACAUACAACAAUCAGUUGAGUAUAUGGAUGGUUUGUGAUUUGCAUGUGUUAUAGAUGAGGUGUGAAUGCAUCGUGAAACUGUCCUUUUUUAAUCAGCUCAUGGUACUGUAAGCUACUUUUCUUAUCAUUCCACAUGUGUAGCAUGCAUUUUCUGAUUACAUCCAAGUAAAAGUAUCUUAAUUCUGUUUUUCCUCAGGUUAUUAAAUUUUUCAAAACAA